AUGCGGUCCUUACUUGGCUAUCUGGCCCUGGGCAUGUCCCUUUGGACGGCGACCCAGGCGCUGGAGGUCGUCAUAGACCAGUCCAGAGACAACCAACAGACUUGCGCUGGCAUGUACAGCAAAAAGUCCUGGGGCGGCUCGGUCGAUCCAUUCAUCCUCGUCAAGUUCCUCAAUAACACACUCCCCGAAGGAGACGACCCGACCGUCAGUCUUGUAAUAUUCGAGUGGAAAGAUAGAAAAUUUGUCGGCGUGCCCGGCGAAAACGGCGAAAACGAUCUUGUCCCGUGCAGCCAAGACUUUGUAAACAGCGGCGCUUGCAACUCGACCGAUCUCGGCGAAUUUGUAUUGGCAGAAAAUGCGACCGAGAAAUCAGGCGCCUUUAUCCUGUCCAAGGCUAUUCAUCUCAAAUCCACCGGCCCUGUACGAUACAGCAUCAAGGAGACCGGCUACUACUGCCUCUUUACCCAGGGCUUCAACGUCGACGAAUAUUCCGCAGUCGCCGAAUUCCGCAACGCUUUCGGAGAGAUAUCGGCCACGCAGAUUCCGAAGCUCCCGUUCUACGGUGGCAUGAGCAUCCUCUACGCGCUCAUGGCAGUGUACUGGGGUUUCCUCUACUACCAGCAUCGCCACGACAUCCUCGCUGUCCAAAACUACAUCACAGCAAUCUUGGUGUUUUUGGUUCUUGAAAUGCUCAUGACUUGGGGCUUCUAUGACUUCCAAAACACACACGGCUCUGCCAAUGCUGGCGCCAAGGCCUUCCUUAUCGUUGUCGCCAUUCUCAACGCUGGGAGAAACUCAUUUUCGUUCUUCCUUUUGCUCAUUGUCUGCAUGGGAUACGGUGUGGUGAAGCCCACGCUCGGCCGCACCAUGAUCUACGUCCGCUACCUCGCAGCUGCCCACUUUGUGUUUGGUCUCAUCUACGCCACUACCAGCCUGCUCGUCUCUCCCGAGAGUGUGGGCCCAUAUGUGCUGCUCAUUGUUCUACCCUUGGCAGGCACACUGACUGCAUUCUACGUGUGGACGCUCAACUCUCUCAACUUUACGCUCAAGGAUCUCCGCGAACGCAAGCAGCAUACCAAGGAGAUCAUGUACAAGAAGCUGUGGUGGUGCAUCCUCCUCACCGUCGUGGUCACCUUUGCAUUCUUCUUCCUCAACAGCUUCACGUUCGCCUCUAUUAACGACAUUAACUUUGUGCCGCUCCACUGGAAGACGCGCUGGUUCGUCCUCGACGGCUGGCUCAACAUUGUCUACCUCGCCGACGUGGCCUGGGUCGCCUACGUCUGGCGCCCUACCGCCAACAACCGCCGCUUCGCCAUGAGCGACGAGAUUGCCCAGGAUGACGACGGCAACUUUGAGAUUGGCGACAUUGGCAUGCCUGGCGAUUCAGAGGACGAAGACGAGGAGGCGCAUAUCGGCGGCGGUGGUGCCAAAUCUGCCGGUGCAGGUGCCGGUACGAGCGCCGCCCAGGCAGGCCAGACAAGCGGCAUCACGUCCGCCGCCACGGCUGGCGCCUCGGUGCAGAAGCCAUCACGCAGCGUGCCGCGUGACUCAAUCGACGGCGAGACUAUUUUUGCUGUUGGCGAGGACGGCGAUAGGUUCUCCGACGAUGAAAGCGACGAGGAUAUCAAACUUACUUUUUUGUUCCUCCAUUACUUUGUUAUAGAUGCGAUAGUAUUACAGUCGGUGUAA